GAAGUAGAAUGCCACGUCUACUGUUUGUUUCCGGUUGUGACUGUGGAAUCUUGACCCCCGGCUUUGAGGAGGACUGUUGAUCUUUCCGAUAAUCUUCGGUCUAAUUUCAACACGUGCCAGGGUCCCACCCCUCUCCAAGUGUGGUCCCUCAUGGGCGGCUGGUCUAGCAGUGCCGUGCUGGGGCUGUACAGGGCGCUGCUCCGUGCAGGGCGUUACCUUCAGUACACCGACCGCAACUACUACCGCCGCGCUGUGGCGCGCGAGUUUCGCCGCUGCCAAACCCUGACGGCACCCGAAGACAAGGAGGCGGCUCUGAAGAGGGGCCAGUUCUUCCUCAGUAGCCGUCUGGGUGGGCUUAUGUAG